AUGGGUGAAAGGAUUACCAUUCAAAAUUUCACUACUGAUGUGGAGAGUUUGGCACUUCAAAGAAUGCAUUUGCAGCAGGUAAUCUUGAAAUGGUGGACUGCUAAUGUCAUGCCUAGAUUGAAACCUAUUUUCUAUGUUGUGCCUUCUAUCAUAGUGUGGGAGCUUUGGAAGAAAAGAAAUGGAGAUAAGAAUAAGGAUAAAGUUACCAUUAGCAAAAUCAUUUAUCAAGUUUCAAUUACUCAAGUUAUAUGGAAUUUUCCAAAUGAUGGAACUUGGAAGUGUAACAUAGAUGGUGCUACUAGGGGAAAUCCUGGUAGGAGCUCAUUUGCUUUUUGUGUGAGAAAUAGCAAUAGAGAUCUCAUUCAUGCUCAUGCAAAGGAGAUGGGGGAUGAGACUAUUACCAAUACUGAUUCAGAGGCACUAGCAUUACUUGAAGCUGCUAGAUACUGCCUUUCUCAGCAUUUUUAUUCUUUCAUACUUGAAAUUGACUCUUUGUUAAUGAAUAAUAUAUUAGAUAGACAGUGGAAGCCUCCUUGGAAUAUUGCUUUUGUGGUGGAGGAAACACUUGACAUAAUUGACAAUGCUGAUGUACAGGUGCUGCACAUAUUGAGCGAGGGAAAUUAG